GUAAUUGGUUGGCAUUAGCAACGUUUCGGCCGAGCCAGGCCUGAAUACAGAGAUAGCAGGAGAAAGAGAAACAAACAGACAGAAACACACUGACGAGCCUGCAAAGUUUCCUGUUGAGCCUCAUAUAGUGAGAUUGUGAGGCACGAGACUUUAACAGAAUGACAAGCUCCUCUACACCUAGAAUGCACACGUACAAGAGGACGUCCAGCCCUCGGUCGCCGACGAACACAGGAGAGCUUUUCACACCAGCGCAUGAGGAAAAUGUGCGGUUCAUCCAUGACACUUGGCUUUGUGUUUUGAGAGACAUUAAAUCACCACAAAAUAAUGAACGUAAUGAUCGUGGACCACAGGAAUAUGUGGAGAAAAACCCAAAUCCCAACCUACAUUCUUUUAUACCAGUGGACCUGAGUGACCUUAAGAAGAGGAACACACAAGACUCCAAGAAGUCUUAGACCGUUCGCUCUCUUUCUGAUCCACAAGUGUUUAUUUUGUUCAGUUUUUUGUCCUCCAUUUUACAUUUGGGACCUUUUUACUCUCUCAGUCUUCUAUCAACCAACAAAGAUCCACACAAGCGGGGGAUAUGUUCCACCUUCAGUCCAGAAAGCUUCAUUCUUCUCUGCUCAUGGACCUGCGUCUGGACUUACAGGCUGCCGUCUAUUUAUGCUUUAUGAUUUCAAGAGCCGUUUGAGUCAUUUUCAUAUUCAUCCGGGCUCUGACUUUUUUUUUUUUUUGCGCUUCGGGUUUAUAAUAAUUAUGUGUAUUUUUUCAGUGUCGAGAUGACAAAUGAGAAAGACAAAGAACAGUUGAGGUGCUUAAACUGCUGUUGGACAGACUCUACACAGACUUUCUCAAAAAAAAAACGGAUGCAGUUCUGGAUUUUUCCAAAACACGUUCGUCAUCCGCCGCAAGGUUUAAGUUAGCUUUGUAGAUGCGUAGAAGAGUUAGCGGGGUUUUGUCUGAUAGCACAGGUAAGUUUGGCUCAGCAAACCUUUUUUAGUAGAUGUACCUCCAUUUUUAACUAUGAAUUGAUUACACCUUCGAUAUCUUUAUGUAGACUUUUCCACAUGUUUUUUUUUCGUUCCCAGCCUUUAAAAAUAAAAUUAAAAUAAAGAUUACUUUUAUGUUA